UUGGUUUUUGGUCAGUAUAUAGUAUACUUAACUGGUAGCUAGCCAGCUAACAGCAGAGCAGUGAAGAACAAGAAAAAUGAUAGUCUUAUAUUUGAUUCAAUCUAUAUUCUAAAGAAGUUGUUGUUGUUGUAGAUUUUGUGGGUUGCUGUUGUGGUAAUUGUUGUUAUCUUGCAGUUACAGUUAUUCAAAAUUCCCUCUCUUAGAAACCAACCCGUGUUCUGUUCUAUGUCUUUCUUGUUCAACCAUCAUUUUGCUUCUUCUCGAAUCUUGAAUCAAAUCUGAUUUUGAUUGUACAUUUGCACAAAAUUAGAACCCCUUUUUUUCUUUUCCUUAAUUCUCCAUUUCUAUCAGUUGUUUGUUUUGUUCAUUAAUAAACGAUGGAGGCAUCAGAAAACUGUAGUGUGAAAGUUGCAGUUCAUAUUCGUCCACUUAUCGGCGAUGAACGCAUUCAAGGUUGCAAAGAAUGUACUACUGUUACGCCUGGAAAGCCACAGGUGCAAAUUGGUACACAUUCUUUUACAUUUGAUAGUGUAUAUGGAAAUGGUGGUUCUCCAUCAUCUUCCAUGUUUGAAGAAUGUGUUGCUCCACUUGUUGAUGGACUAUUUCAAGGAUAUAAUGCUACUGUACUUGCAUAUGGUCAGACAGGAUCAGGGAAAACAUAUACAAUGGGAACUAGUCUCAGGGAUGGCUGCCAGACUGGAUUAAUUCCACAAGUUAUGAAGGCAUUAUUUAAUAAGAUUGAGAAAUUAAAGUAUCAAACAGAAUUUCAGUUGCAUGUUUCCUUCAUAGAGAUUUUAAAGGAAGAAGUAAGAGACUUGCUGGAUUCUGUUUCUCUGAGCAAAUCAAUGCCUGCUAAUGGACAUUCUGGGAAAGUUUCUGUUCCUGGGAGGCCCCCUAUACAAAUUCGUGAAUCAUCGAAUGGAGUUAUAACACUAUCAGGAUCAACUGAAGUAGCUGUUAACACAUUAAAGGAAAUGGCUGGUUGCCUGGAGCAAGGAUCAUUAAGUAGGGCAACAGGAAGUACAAAUAUGAACAACCAGUCCAGUCGGUCGCAUGCAAUAUUCACGAUCACAUUAGAACAGAUGCGCAAACUGCAUUCAAUUUCUCCUGUUAAUGACACUCCAGAUGAGGAUAUGGGUGAAGAGUAUUUCUGUGCUAAGCUCCAUUUGGUAGAUCUAGCUGGAUCUGAACGAGCAAAAAGAACUGGUUCUGAUGGUCUUCGCUUGAAAGAAGGUAUACAUAUAAAUAGGGGGCUUCUUGCACUUGGUAACGUCAUCAGUGCACUUGGAGAUGAAAAAAAGAGAAAAGAAGGAGUGCAUGUUCCCUAUCGAGACAGUAAACUGACUCGACUCUUGCAGGAUUCACUAGGUGGAAACAGCAAAACUGUCAUGAUAGCGUGCAUCAGUCCUGCUGACAUCAAUGCUGAGGAAACUCUCAACACUCUCAAAUAUGCAAAUCGUGCUCGAAAUAUUCAGAAUAAGCCUGUUGUUAAUAGAGAUUUAAUAUCCAAUGAGGUGCAACAGAUGCGCCAGCAGUUAAAGUACUUACAAGCUGAACUUUGUGCUCGUGGGGGAGGAUCUCCACCUGAUGAAGUCCAGGCGCUGAAGGAACGGAUUGCUUGGCUUGAGGCUACAAAUGAGGACCUUUCUAGAGAACUUCAUGAACAUCGCAGCCGUUGUGCUGUUGUUGACCAGUGUGAAAUAGAUUCCCAAGUAUGUCAGGAAGGCCAUGCCUCUUUUACAAAAUGUGAUGGACUGAAAAGAGGCUUUCAAAGUAUGGACUCAUCUGACUAUCAAUUGGAUGAAGAUGUAUCAGGUGAAAGUUCAGGGGAAAUUGAUGAAGCAGCAAAAGAGUGGGAGCAUGCCCUUAUUCGAAGUACUAUGGAUAAAGAAUUGAUAGAACUAAACCGACGUUUGGAGCAAAAAGAGUCUGAGAUGAAACUUUUUGGAGGGGUUGACACUGAAUCUUUGAAACAGCACUUUAGGAAGAAAAUCAUGGAACUUGAGGAAGAGAAAAGAAUUGUGCAGCAAGAGCGUGAUCGUUUGUUAGCUGAAAUAGAGAACCGUGCUGCUAAUUCUGAUGGACAAACACAGAAAGCACAGGAGAGUCAUUCACAGAAGUUAAAAGCACUUGAGGCGCAAAUUUUAGAUCUUAAAAGGAAACAAGAAAGUCAGGUUGAGCUUUUAAAGCAAAAGCAAAGAAGUGAGGAAGCAGCAAAGAGGUUGCAAGCUGAAAUACAACACAUCAAGGCUCAAAAAGUCCAAUUGCAGCAUAGAAUAAAACAAGAGUCAGAACAAUUUCGACAAUGGAGGGCUUCGAGAGAGAAGGAAGUGCUGCAGCUGAGAAAGGAAGGCAGGAGAAACGAGUAUGAGAGACAUAAACUUGAAGCACUGCAUCAACGGCAGAAACUGAUUCUACAAAGAAAGACAGAAGAGGCAGCAAUGGCUACCAGAAGGCUAAAGGAGCUUUUGGAAGCUCGCAAGUCUUCUGCAUGUGAGACCUCAGCUAAUUCGAACGGGCAUACAUCAUCUAGUCAGGUCAAUGAUAAAUCUCUACAAAGGUGGCUUGAUCAUGAGUUAGAAGUAAUUAUGAAAGUGCAUGAAGUUCGUUUUCAGUAUGAGAAACAGAAACAAGAACAAACUGUAAUGGCAGAGGAAUUGGCCUUGUUGAAACAAGUAGAUCGGUUUGGUCCUAAUGAAGGGAAGAAUGGACAUCCUAGAUUAUCAGUGAUGUCAUCAAAUGCAAGGAUGGAGAGAGUGGCUUCUUUAGAGAACAUGCUGAGCAUAUCUUCAAAUGCACUAACGGCAAUGGCUUCACAACUUUCGGAGGCAGGAGACAGGGAGCGUUCCUUAAUUGGUCGUGGACAUUGGAACCAAUUACGCUCAAUGGGAGAAGCUAAGAACCUGCUUCAAUAUAUGUUUACUGCUGCUUCAGAAGCAAGGUGCCAACUUUGGGAUAAAGAUAUGGAGAUGAAGGACCUAAAAGACCAAUUGAAUGAGCUUGUAGCCCUACUGCGAGAAAGUGAGGCCCAGCGGAAAGAACUUGUGAAGGAGCAAAAGCUGAGAGAACAAGCUGUUGCCAUUGCCCUAGCUACAUCAUCUUUGGGUAACUCGCGCAAUUCAUCUAAGCACUAUGCAGACGAUCUGAGUGGUCCAUUGUCUCCAAUUUCACUUCCGGCACCGAAGCAACUGAAAUUUUCACCUGGGAUUGUUAAUGGGUCUGUCAGAGAAUCAGUGGCCUUUAUAGAUCAGACACGGAAGUGCAGAUGGUACCAGUUGGGCAGAUGUCAAUGAAGAAACUGGUAACUGUUGGGCAAACUGGAAAGCUCUGGAGGUGGAAGCGGAGUCAUCAUCAGUGGCUGCUUCAGUUCAAAUGGAAAUGGCAGAAGCCAUGGAAGCUUUCAGAAUGGAUAAAACACAGUGAUGAGACAAUCAUGAGAUCAAGGCCUCGCUCCCUGGCCCUUAUUGAUAUGAUAUGAGAACUUAACUUUCACUAGCUUUCUGACUGCUGUAUGUACAACUUGAUUGCCCUCAAUGAUCCAAUACAGAGCUGAUUGGGACCUAGAACAAGUGAAGACAUGUUGUACAUUGGGAAGGUGUUCUGCAUGGUCCUACUGGCAUGAGAAUAUCAAACGGGGUGAUUCUGUCUUUGGACUUGGACUGGUAAUCUUUACAUCCAAGGAUCUGGUUAUGCUAAUGACCUCUAAAUGAGGUUCUGGAAAAUGAUCGAGUGGUCGAGUGAGUGCACAUGGCCAUGCAUAACGGAAAAAAUUGGCUCUUGAUUUGUAUUGCACGGCAUGAUAUUGUAGAUUUUGUUUGUUAAUUCUUUUCAUGUUCUUGGCAUGAUAAUUGAUGAGGAAAUGAUGCCAAGUGUAGGUUUUGUGUAAAAGAAGUUUGCUAUUUUCACGUACAUAUUGUGAUUUUUUUUUGAGUUAUAUAUUAAUUUUUCAAUUUAGGAUAA